CCCUUUGAUUGGGAGUGAUUACGAAAACUGUUAUAAUUCACUCUACAUAAUAAUAGUGAAAUUAACUGAAAUGCAUGUGUACGUAGUGCUUCUGUUAGUAUAUAAAGCCAAAUCUAGUCUUCAUUGCCCAAAUUCACAAAAUGGAGACGACAACGUACACACGAAGCAGGACUACAGACUUUUUCUACAAAACUAACUUUUUAAUUUUCAUAUUCGGUCAACCCAACUUUUGGAUAGAAGAUCUAAAGUUAUCCAAAAGAUUUGUUAAGUUCUAUUAUUAUUUUUCAAUUUUCAAUGAUAUCUUAAUAUGGCUGCUUAUAAUCUUCGAAUAUGGUUCAUUCUUCACGCAAAAUAAUUUGAGUGAGAAGCAGAAAUCGGACCUGAUAAUUUUCGCGAUAUCCCAUCCGAUGUUGUGUUUGUUCAGCGUGAUGAUGUCGAGGCUCAAGAAGAAGAUAAGGCUGGUGAUUUACAGCCUAGCGGUAGGGUUGAAGAGGGAGUACAAUGACCCCGAGGUAGAGAAGCAAAUGAUUGCAAGUUCCCUCACCUACCUGUCUGCUUUGUUGAUCAGCUGUCUGAGUGCUAUGGUCAUGUUUGUGGUUAAAGCUUGUCUAGACAUCGUAAGACACGGAGGUACCUUCACCACAAUAAUUACUGCAUACCCGGACGUGAAGGAUAAAUCCGUCCUGGCUGAUGUAGUCAGAGUUUUCUGCUACAUAGUGUGGUGGAUUAUGGUCACCAGAGUGUUUGCGGUGUUCAUUCUGGUGAUCACUCUGACGACCUGCCUCGGCUAUCAGUUCAAGAACCUGCAGAGCUACUUCUCCAGCUUAGCCGAUAUAUUUGAGAGAAAAUAUUUGAGUCAAACGGAGAAAGAAGAUAAGUAUGAGGCAGGUUUAAAAGUUGGGAUUAAACUUCAUUCGGAAUCGUUGAAGUGUGCCAACUCAAUACAAGCCGUGUGUCGAGGCGUUUUCAGCGGUCAGAUCAUUUUCAACGUUCUUCUUUUGACUGUACUACUUUACCAGAUGACCAAUUCGGAGCGCACGCUGGUGAACAUAUUCGCCACGGUGGCGACUGCCAGCGCCGUGCUCAUCAGCACUGGCUUCUACAUGUGCAAUGCGGGAGACGUCACCGUUGAGGCUUCUCGUCUUCCGACAGCGAUAUACUUCUCUGGCUGGCAUCACUGCCGGGGGCCGGCUGCGGUGCGCCUGCGCAAACUAGUUGUUGUCGCCAUGGCACAUUCCCAACAACCCGUUGUGCUCAAAGGUCUUGGGUAUUUAGAGCUUUCGUAUCAGUCCUAUAUAACGCUCGUGAAGACAUCAUAUUCAGUGUUUUCAGUGCUGUAUUAG